AUGCGACUAAACGGGAACCUUCGUUGGGUCGUCUUCUUUCUGCCGUUUUCCCACCUACUCCUCGUCUGUGGGCGCUCCCUGUGCACCGUUGUUGCCGCCUCCAUCGCACAUUCCGAUGGAGGUGCUGGGAAUCCCCCACUUCUUCCCCCUGCAGAUGCCUCAGGCGCUUCGGCCAGACGCCUCCCGCCACCGCUAGGCUCGCGAGAAGAACCAGGGCGAACUCGCUGGCCUCGUCCUCCGCCGGACGCGCCCUCCCGCGCUGUCGAGCUGUUUGAAGCCGUGCGGCAACCCGAUUCGGAUGAAGAGUCGCGAAGCGACCUGGAGAACGGCUAUGGGGCCGAAAACCUCGUCGCAUUCGGCCGGCGGCCUGGCAGCCUGCCGCGCGGAGGAUCUGUCUCUCUCCGCGGUGGCUUUCUAAACCCGCCAGCGUGGACUUGGCCCGACUGCUUUCUCCGUCAGCUGCCCCGCAGACAGCGAGGCGAGCCGGCGACUGGACGAGGACGGAGCAAACGGUGCCACUGUCGCGGGGAUGCGGUUGCUCCAGGAAUCUACUGCAGCAUCAUGUGCGCGCAGAUGAAUGCCCACAUGAAGGCGCGAAGCACCCUGCCACAGAAAACGGGCGAAACAGCUGACGCAGCCAAAGACGACAGCGCGAUCGAGGAUCGCGACACCGCAGACGAUCAGGACGUUGUCCUGCUGGAGUGGAUCAAACAGAAAAUCACCCAACACAAAGUUGUUGUCUUCGUCAAGAGCUUCUGCCCCUUCUGCCAAACCGCGCUGGAGAUUCUCAGGGACGUGGGAGUGAAAGAUCUGGGCGUCGUGACGAUUGAGAAGACUGCCUGCACGUCGCAGAUCCAAGACGUUCUCGAACGGAUGACCGGCGCCCGCACGGUGCCGCGGAUUUUCAUUGGCGGGAAAUUUUUUGGAGGAUGUUCAGAUCUGGAGGAGGCUGAGGCCGACGGCGAACUCCAGGAGAUCUUGGCGGCGGCUGCAGCCGUUUGA